CCGUCAACUUUGGAACUACAGUAUAUUCCAGGGAGCAUUCGGAGAAAACCACAAUGGAUAAUUGUUAAAAAUAUUUCAUGAGAACGAUAAAGACAGUAAGUGACAGACAGAGACGAUUUUAUUCAUAUCAGGAUGAACUCGUCUCAGUGAACUUCGAGGCUUCGCAUCUAGCUUUUGCUAGCUGUUAACAAAGAGACCCGGAAGUUAGCAAUCCUUGGCUAAGUAGAGCUCGAGUGUGAGCGUAAAGUGUUGCGAUUGUGUCAAAAUGUGUAAAGUACAAAUGCCGAGAGCGUCGGUGAUUCAGCGACAGACUGCGGCGGUUGAAUAAAUAUUUGUCGUGUGAGAAAGAACGACAGCAGAGUACGAGGCGGAACUUUCUUGAACAAAAGAAGAGAACGAGCGACGUCAACUACUGGACGCUGUUUUCAGGAAGCCCCAAGUUGUGUUACUCUGAGCAGACGUGAGUGAAGAACAUUUUACUCCUGAGCAGCAAGAGUUGCACUCCAGGAUGGAACACAUUAAAGAGGAAGAGGAGGUUCCACUGCCAUCCAAUAUUAAAGAGGAAAAUGAGGACCCACAGGCCCUCCACAUUAAAGAGGAAGAGGAGGAUCACAGCAUCAAUCAGGAGGGAGAGCGUCUCGAAGGACUGGAGGAGUUCCCAGUGAUUGGUGUUCUUGUGAAGAGUGAAGAUGAUGAAAGUGAAAGUGAGGAGAAGAGAGAGGUGGAGCCUUCAAGGAGCAGCUCAACUCAACACAUGACAACAGAAGCUGAUGGAGACCACUGUGGAGGAUCACAAGCAGAAAACCUCAUAGCUCCACUAUCAGAUAGUGAUGACACAACGUCACACUCUCCUGACACUGAUGAUGAAGACUCUGAAGCUGAUAUGACAUGUCACACUGACAACACACGCUGGAAAUGCUCUCAAUGUGACAAAAGUUUUUCUCAAAAGGGAAAUCUGAAGAAACACCUGAGACACCACACUGGAGAGAAACCUUUCACAUGCUCAGUUUGUGGUAAAAGAUUCUCUGACCCAUCAAAUUUGAAAGUACACACUAGAAUUCAUACUGGAGAGAAACCUUUUCCUUGCACAGUGUGUGGUAAAAGAUUUGUUCGACAAAGUGAUUUGAAAACACACACGAGGAUACACACUGGAGAGAAAGCUUUUCCUUGCACGGUGUGUGGCGUAAGAUUCUCUCACAAAAAUAGUUUAAAAAGACACGCAAUGAAAAUACACACCGGAGAGAAACCUUUCCCUUGUGUAGUCUGUGGUAAACGAUUCUCUCAAAAGUGUGGUUUAAAAACACACACAAGAAUACACGCUGGAGAGAAACGUUUUCCUUGCAUGGUGUGUGGUAAAGGAUUCAAUUUUCCAGCUCAUUUAAGUAGACACAAAAUAAUACACACUAGAGAGAAACCUUUUUCUUGCUCUGUUUGUGGGAAAGAAUACAAUCGUCAAGGUCAUUUAAAAAGACACACAAGAGUGCACACUGGAGAGAAACCUUUCUCCUGCUCAGUUUGUGGUAAAAGUUUCUCUCAGAAGAUGUCUUUGAUAGGACACACAAGAACACACUCCUGAGGAAACAACCUUUCUUGUUGAAUGUGUGGUCAGCGAUUCACAAAGAGAACAAACUUGACUGAACACAUAAGGAUCCACCAUGGGGAGAAAAAGGACGCGCCGGGCUGGAUUUCAAAGUACACAAUAAGGGAAGUGCGAAUAAGACAGUAUUGCUCUUUAAAAAACUAAAAUUGUGUAAAAGGACUUGUAACGUGUGCCAACUGACAUUAUUAUGAAAUGUUUGCAACGUCUGUUUCAUCUAUCACAUGCAUGAACACACUUUUUUUUCUUGUAGACUUGAGAAUUGUACAUUUAAUCUUCAGUAAAAGGGCAUCCAGUGUAAAAACAAAUCCAAACCCGUUCACGUGACUGACUCGCCCGGACGACCCCUGACAGGGAAGUGCCAAAAGUGAGAAAAAACAUGACGAAAAUAAAAAUGGAAUGAAAGUAAUACAUUUGCUCAUUUUGCAUGAACUUUCGAUCAGGUGGGAAAUUUGAGGGCGCGCACUGGAGAGAAACUAUUUUCAUGUUCAGGAGACAAGUAGGUUUUUAAAUGUGUGGCGUCUUUGAGCUUGUUUGAAACUUUCAGUUCAUUUGGAGAAGGAAAAUUUUAUAUAUGAAAGCUCAAGAUAGCCUCAAAUAAACUUAAUAAUAACUAUGGUUCCACUCAGUGAUGACGUGAAUGUUCUGUUGUUAUGUGUCCUGUGUUUGGCUGGCUUUGUCAAUUAGCUUUUUAUUUGUCUUACUUUGCUGUCGUUCUUUCUAACACUACAACUGUUUCUUGAGUGACUUUAAUAAAUGCGAUGUUUUUUUUCUC